GCGCACGUUUCCUGUUGAAUCGCGGUUAUGGCAGGUGCCAAUGUGGACACUGCAGGGCAAUGGAGACGCAGCUCGAGUCGGUGUGCUGCACAGAGAUUGACUGUGUGGACGCACUCCGGGGCAACGAGGCAUACAUCACAUGGCACUCCAGGUUUGUUCAGGCUUGCCUGAACGUGCAUGCCCUUGAAGUGGCGUAUUACGCCCUCAUGGAAGACCGCCUGGCGCUUGUAGAGGCCCCGGAAAUCCACAGGCGCUACAGAUACACCGCAUACCGCCAAUUUGCACGGUGGGUGUGGCAUUGGCUGGGACGGGGCAACAGGAAGGUGCUGCCCAGCUGUGUCGUUGCUGCUGUGAGGGACGCCUUCCCAUCUGAGGUGUAUGCAGGAUUUAAAUAUCGGGAUUAUUUAAAAAAUGGUCACGAAAUGUUCAUCUUGCAACAAAUGGCGCAAGAGUAG